GCCUCAAGGUUCAUCCAUGUUGUAAUAUGUCAGGAUUUCCUUCCUUUUUGAAGGCCGAGUAAUAUUCCAUGGGAUCGAUUCCUUUCUUACUGUUGUUCGUCCAUUCAUCCAUUGACGGACUCUUGGGUUACAUGCACCUUUUAUUUAGCUGCUGUGAACGUGGGUGUGCAGAUGUCUCUGACACCUUGCUUUCAUUUCUUUUGAGUGGAAAAUACCCAAAGGUGGUAUCGUGGAUUAUUUUACUGUUAUAAUUUGAAGGUGGGGCAUUGAAGGUCCCCACCGUAUCUCCCCUCGCCCACCGGACCAGGAGAAGUCCCUGGGGCCCUUUGGGGCCGUUUGAGAACCAGUGGAUCGUGUGGAUCAUUACAAGCUUUGCCUCCCCACCCCCACCUCCUUCCUCGGCAAAUGUGCCUCACGUUAUAUUCUAGUUACUCCCAAGCAGAGACCACCAUUCGUUCGACAAAUGUUCGUAAGUGCCUACCGUGCUUACGUAAGGGCAGGAAGAGCUAGACACUGAGCCGUAAGUGUAAACCAGAAAAUGAUCUAGUAGGUCAGACGGUGAUUCGUGCUGUGGACUAAGUGCAGGCGCCAGGUAAAGAGGAUUGGGAUGGAAGGCAGGGACAGGGUGGUCUCACCGAACCGUGAGAUUUGAACAGAGACAGGAGGGAGGCGAGAGAGCUGGCCGUGCGUUUGUCUGCAGGGACAGCAUUCCGGGCAGAGGGAACAGGCAAGUGCAAAGGCCUUGAGAUGAGAGCGUGCCUGGUGGGCUCCAGGAGCGGCAAGGAGGAUGGUGUGGCCGGAGCAGAGCUAGUGACGGGAGAGGGGGCGGAGGGCAGAGAGGCCAGGGGCCGGGUUGCAUAUGGACCAGGCACCACUGGAAGAACUGUUGAGCAUGGAAAGGGGAUUAGUAGAGGUUUGGAGCAGAGAAGGGACAUGAGCUGACUUCAGGGGGAGACGGAGCUCAACUGGCCACUGCGUGGUGGACAGCCAGGGGGGAGAGCAGACGGAGCAGGAAACCGGUGGGGAGACUCCCGCUGGGAUCCACCUGAGAUGAUCUCGGGUUGUACCAGGGUGCUAGUCGGGGAGGAAUGGGGCGACCACAACGUGGACGAGAUGUCAUACAACCUGAGUAUCUACCCCAGGGGCACGCUGUCACCCUACUCCACCACCUACUAUCCUCCAGGCUGCUGAGGUGAGAUGGGAUAGGAACUUUCCCUCUGGGCCAACGUCUCUUUUUUCUUCUGGUCUAUAGUGGAAUUGUCUGAAACCCUCUGGGUUCUUCUGUUGCCAUGGAGACCUCCUGAGAUGCUACAUUUGCCACUGGCUUCCCAUAUCCCACACCCUAUGGACCCACAGGCUGGUUUUUCUGGUUUGCUCCCCCCAGGGCAAUUUGCAUAUUUCUCUAAGAACCUUCCGGAAGCUGAGCAGCCUGUUUCCAGACUUGGAGAGAGGAGAGGCCAGGGGAAGCCAGCAACUGUUUUCUGAAAUCUGGGGCUGGAAAUGGCCACGUGCAACAGUUCAAGUGAGGGGCUGCCUCCGGUGGCCGAGCCAGCCGUGGAGGGGGAGCCUCAUCUGCCCGUGGGCCGGGAGCUGGCUGAGGCCAACCGCUUUGCCUAUGCCGCCCUCUGUGGCAUCUCCCUGUCCCAGCUAUUUCCAGAACCUGAGCAAAGCUCCUUCUGCACAGAGUUUGUGGCGGGCCUGGUGAAGUGGCUGGAGUUGCCUGGAGCCGUCUUGCCAACCAUGACCGCUUUUGCCAACGGCCUGGGAGGCGAAGGAGCAGACGUGUUUGCUGCCAUUUUAUUGAAGGACCCCAUCUUGAAGGACGACCCAUUGGUGAUCAUUCAGGACCUUCUGAGCUUCUCCCUCCAGGAUGGGUGUUAUGAUGCACGGGCCCGAGUCCUCAUUUGCCACAUGACCUCCCUCUUCCGAGUGCCCGUGAGGGAGCUGGAUCUCCUUGAAGAGACGUUCCUUGAGAGCCUGAAGGAAACCAAAGAGGAGGAAUCUGAAACGGCUGAGGCAUCCCGGAAGAAGAAGGAAAACCGGAGGAAAUGGAAGCGCUAUCUCCUGAUAGGCCUGGCAACUGUCGGAGGCGGGACGGUGAUCGGCGUCACCGGGGGUCUGGCUGCCCCUCUUGUUGCCGCCGGCGCUGCGACUAUCAUCGGCAGUGCCGGGGCAGCGGCUCUGGGCUCAGUGGCUGGCAUCGCUGUCCUGACCUCGCUGUUUGGUGCGGCUGGAGCCGGCCUGACAGGAUACAAGAUGAAGAAGCGUGUCGGGGCCAUUGAAGAGUUCACAUUUCUGCCUCUGACAGAAGGCAGGCAGCUGCAUAUCACCAUCGCCAUCACAGGGUGGCUGGCGUCUGGCAAAUACCGUACCUUCAGCGCCCCGUGGGCGGCCUUGGCCCGCAGCCGCGAGCAGUACUGCCUGGCUUGGGAGGCCAAGUACCUGAUGGAGCUCGGCAAUGCCCUGGAGACCAUCCUCAGUGGUCUCGCCAACAUGGUAGCCCAGGAGGCCCUGAAGUACACAGUGUUGUCUGGCAUCGUGGCUGCCCUGACCUGGCCAGCCUCACUCCUCACUGUCGCCAACGUCAUCGACAACCCCUGGGGCGUGUGUCUCCAUCGAUCCGCAGAGGUUGGCAAGCACCUGGCCCACAUCCUGCUCUCCCGGCAGCAGGGCCGGCGACCUGUCACCUUGAUUGGCUUCAGCCUGGGAGCCAGAGUCAUCUACUUCUGUCUGCAAGAGAUGGCUCAGGAGAAAGUUUAUCCACGUGGAUUUUUCCAAGGCUGUAACACACGCUGCUUCUGACCUCGCUCUAGGACAGUAACGUCUUCGGAUGGCAGCUCCCAGGGGAGGAAUGAUUCAGCAGAACGUGGGAUUGUUUGCUGCCUUCGUCCAAACGAAUGGGGUCUUCCUGCCAGGCUCGGCUGCAGAUUAGGCCCCUGGCUCCCUUGGAAAGGCAUUUGCAUCCUCCUGGGGAUGCAGACACCCUUAACUUUGGUGGUUGCCACCUGCUAAAAUGCAUUUAUUCACACACAGAACCUGGGUUGUCAUGGUUGUGUGAAGAAGGCAAGGAUUGGAGGGCUUGCUCUCGCUUGGGGCCCGGCCUCCCUGCUCCACCGUCAACCCACGGGGCAGAGCCCCAGCUCCUCCCACAGACUGGCCACCAGCCCCUACGAGAUGAGUCCUCUUACCUUUCCGGGGCCUCCAGAAACCAACCCGUCUCCCCAGCCUGGCUUUCCUACCGCCUGGUCUAGCCAUUUGUAGACCUGCUUUCCUCCUCCUACCUGUGUGGGGAAUGAGGAGGGGUAGCUCUAUGAAAAGCCCUAGAAGGGUCUGCUAACAACUGCCCAGCAGGCCACUGUUCUCCACACCACAGGGUUAAGAUCAGGGGCUCAGGGUCAGAAAGCCCUGGGUUCAGAUUUUGCCUCCACUACCAACUUUGUGACCAUGUGCAGAGUACAUAAAUCCUUCAAGCCUUCCUUGUGAGUAAGAGCUAAUGCUACCCACCUCAUGGUGAUGUAUCGAGAAAACAGCACAUAGGAGGCACCUAGCACGAGCCUGGCACAUAGUAAAUGCUUGCUAACUGGCUAUGGUUACGGUCGGUGGUUUGAGCCUCGAAAGCAUUAAAACAUUGUAAGGGGCACUUAACACUCCAGGCCAUCAUAGUUCGACGAUCCAGGGGCAUCUCACAGCGUCCUCUUGGGGUCGGUCAGCAAGGCCUUCAUUCUUCCAUCCCAUGAACACCAGAAAGUACAGACUCCUACGCGCAGGUUCCGAGGGAUUGUUUGGAAUCGCCUGGUUCAGACCUCUACACAAACGGGAUCUCCUUGGCAUCAUCCGUCAGAGGUGCCUACCAGCCUCUGCUUACUUGCUUCUGGUGACAGGAAGCUUACUACUCUGCCCAGGAGUGGUUAGGAACUUAGGAAUGGGUCGACUUCAUCUGCGCAUCCGUGGCUUGUGGGCGGCGGGACAUCGGGCUCUGCCCCAGGGCAUCUGUUCAGGCUGCUUGUGCUCAGAUGUCAUCCAGAGUGGCCGCUGGCACCACGAUGGAGCCCCGAGCGCUGCAGCAGCACCUGGGCGGCCAGCACAUCCCCAGGUCUGUUCCUAGGCUUUUCAGAAACAUGAUUGUGUCCGCUUUGCACCCAGAGCUGAUCGGAGUCCCAUUAAGCCAACUCACAAGAGACAGCGCUGGGAACUGAAUGCUGAUUCAUUAGGCUCACCAAUAAUUGUCACCCUCAAGCAGAUGGAGCAGCUGUCCCUGCUCGCUGCCCAAUCUCCUGGGAAAACAGAUUCUCUGCCAGAAUUUCUAUGGUGAGCACAGGGAUGGGGAGGGGACGGUCUCUGGGAAUGUUCCUUUUCCUGGCCAUGAUCAGCCCUGAUGACCAUCCCAAUCUCAUGGGCCAGAUCGGCCCUCUAGUGGCCAUUCCCAGUUUCCUUCCCCCACCCCCGCCACCCCAGGCCUCCCCUCAGAAUUUUGUAUAAAUAGGUCCUGUGUAUGAGUCCUGCUUAAUAACAACGGAAGAAUCCAGACGAUGUGCAGCGAGGGAGCACUCGUGGGGGGGGGGGGGGUGUGGAUUCCAUCCAAGGAAGAAAACACCCCAAGUCCCACUGAUUUACAUAUUAAUUGACCGUCUCGGUUCACAGCACUCUGUAAUGGAAACUCUUGGGGUUUUCCCCUGUAUCUAAGAUGUCCGUGAUCAUCAAGGCUGCUUAGCCAGUAUCCUCAAACUGCUGUCUUUUAGAAAACAGCCAGGCCCGCUUUGCAGCAGAAGAUUAAAACGUUCCUACCUGUGGGGUCAGUGUGUCCCCCAUACUUGGCGAUUUAAUGACAGGGUCUGAGAUUUGAGGCCCCUGUCCCUGCCCCCCCCCAACACAGCGUGUCCCCAUGUGAACUCUGACCUUUCAGGUCUCUCGAGGGUUCUCCAUUAUUCUUUAUUUCUUCCAUCUUUUGUCGACUCAUUUUCUCAGACAUCCAUUUAUUAAUUUAUGCAAAUCCACAUCUCCUUCCUCAAAGGACUUGCAGGACUUCUCAGCAAAUACAGCCUCAAACGCAGAAACUCAGGGUUAAAUGUAAAACAUUGGGAGCACAAAACCGGGCACCUGUGAAUAGGGACCUGAGCCAAUCCGGAAGUUCGGAUGCAGGGGAGCAGGGCCCGGCACCGGAGGAGGCUCAGACCCUGCCGCCAGGCCUGGAUCUGAAUACCAGCUCAGCAAAGAGGCGCGUGCACUUAGUCCCUGUGCCUCAGUCCCCUCGCCUGUGAAACGGGUCUAGUAGGACUAGAUUAAGGGGGGUGAUAUACGUAAAGCACUUAGCAGAAUGGCUGGCCAGUAGUUGGCAUUCGGUAACCACGAGUUUUGUCGCUGUUACUGUUAUAAGUUCUCCUGUGAUGACCCAGUUGCGGUAUCUGAGCUGUGAAUAAGGCCACAACUGCCUGUCUCUCACUUCCGUGGGGGGACGUGGAGAUGCCAGCUGCACAGGUAACGAGACCCUCUGUUUCACCCUCACUUCCUCUGUCUGAGAGCAGCUUAUCUUCGCCUUUGGGGAGCUGGGCGCACAGGUUCAGAGCCUCAAACGUCUCUACCUUUGCCUCGCUAGGAAGGUCACGACUGCAAGUUACAAACCGGCACCAUGAGGGCAGUGUCGUGGUUGGGAAUAAUCUUCCCAAGGUGCCUCCUGGUGAUGGGGAGGGUUGGAGCAGGGGCUUCUUCGGAAACUCGGUCUGGAGAUCAUGAUCUCUUGAGCUUUCCCGAGCAGCUGGGUACUUGGGAGACUGUUAAUCAGGCGACACGUCCCCAGCUGCAUUUCCGUUUGUCAUCUGGCACUUGCCGGAGACUGAGGCUUCAGGGACUGUUGUUGAGCCUGGAUCACCGGCUUACAGAGCAGUGGAGAACAUGGUUUUGGGUUCGGCCGGCCACAUUCUUCUGCUGAAGUUUGAUAGAGAACAGUUUCAUCUCGAAAACAAGAAAGCAUCUUUCCAAGAUGGGGAGCCGGGAAGGGAGCUGAGGCGCGUUGAGUACCUACUGUGUGCCAGGUGGGAACAGAACCCAUCUCAGUGUUAAGGUGUGGGCAUUACUACACCUGGAAAUGCAGGUAUUGCAUUUUCUCUUUUUAAGGAUGGGGAGCCAGAAGCCCAGAGAGGUUAAGUGACUUGUCCAAGGGCCCACAGCUAGUAAUCUGGGGUUACACACAGCAAAGCUGGGAUGCUAACGCAGGUGAAUCCUACUCUAAACCUUUUCCCGUGAACGCAUCUCUUAUGCUUCUUCUGAUGAUAAGCUUGCCGCCCUCAAGUUGCCCGAUAGUCUGGCUAAGAGAAUAGAUGCCAGCCUUAAAACAUAAAUAACAGUACCAGAUGCCACAUCGCAAGGGCCUAAGCAUGAAGCAGUUCAGAGCAGAGAGCCUUUCCUUCCAGAUGGCAGGGACGGCUUCAGGGAGCAGGUGGCGGGCCUCAAAGAAAAAAAUGAGCCUUGAAAGGCUGUGAGGAAGACAGGACGCCUCAGAUCCCAGGACUGGCAAUAGCAAAGAUCCCCAGGUAGGAAGCUGAACGGUCAGGGGAGGGCAGGCGGCCGGAUCCCGGGUUUCUCUGGGAAGUUGGGAGAAGUAAGGCUGGAGAGGUGAGCAGGGUCCAGAACUCAGGGAACUGACCUGUCGAAUGGGACCCGGAUGCAGGCUCCGCGUUGAGGCUUUGGUAUUGGUGCUUCUUUUCCUUGCUGCGUUUUUGUGUCCGUCGGUCAGCAGAGACCUGCUGAGGACCUCCCAUGUGCCAUGACCUGCACAGGGCUCAGGGGCCGAGGUCAGCCAGACCGCAGCCCCACCCGGCGAGAUCUUGGAUGAGACGGGACCUCCCUUCCAACCACACUCCCUCCCCAUCCUUCAGCAUCCCCGCCUGUGGCUGCACCAACCUGCCCCUUUGCGUGGCCUGGAGGCCUCUUUCCUCUGCUUCCCCAGGCCUGGGGCCGGGUGAACUGCACCACGUGAAGCCAGCUGACCGAGUGCCCUUCAUGCCAGACCCUUCCCAUGUAGUGUCACCAACCAUCCCAGCCAGCCUGGGAGAGGGAGACGUGUUAUCGCUGGUGCUCAAGAGAACAGGCUCAGAGAACCCAGGGAACUUGUCCACAGUCACACAGAUGUAAGUGAAGACUCCCCCAGCGGUCCUCUCUCUACCGCCCACAGGGACCCUUGACUCGUCCCUUUAAUUUUUCAGCUGAGCAUUUCCAGGAAGUCCCUGGAGUAGUGCCGGGUCCUGUAGAUACAUUUGUGGGCACCACAGUACCAUCUUGUGGUGACUUUCAGAGGGGCCACACAUUUCACAGGGAAAGGGCUCCUCCAUGCCCAGUGAUGGGUGGGUUCCAGCAAAUGCUGGCCCAGGAGGGUCUACAGUCUGCCUUCCAUUGAGGGCUGGUGCAAAGCCGAGCGGUUGCUCCUCCUUCGCGAGAAAUUCGCAUGCCGCCCAGUUACAUCCUUUUUGUUGGCAUUUAUUAGGUACCGAAGAUACAAAGGGAAGGAACUACCAAACAGUGAAUACCUACUGUAACAGGGGUUUCCAGACCCCAUCCCAUGGAGCCUUCCCAACAGCCCUGCAAGUGAGGGAUUCUCAGGCCACUUUCCAGAUGAGGACAUGGGCACAUGGAGAGGUGCUCUCUAGUCCCGACCCCCAUAGCCGGACAGCACAGGGCCAGCCUCAGACCCCUGCUUACACGCUAUCUGAGCAAAAGCUCUGCUCAUCCAGACACGAAUGGACUUUCUGGCAGCAGCUGCCAGAAAUGGGCUACUAUUUCAGUGACCUUGUGCUUUUCAAAUGAAAAUCAGGAGGAAAUGGUCUGAUGAAGAAUUUCUUGUAAGAAAAGAGAAAGAAAGAAAAAUUGGAUCCCGUCAGGGACAAGUCCCCUUUUUUGAAAAUGACCAAAACUAUACACAAGCAGGGUGGUGUGGCGCAUUUUAAAAAUGCAAGGGAACUCAGAUGGGGUUGUUUCUGAGAAUUCCACGGCAUCCCAGAGGACACUGAGAGGCCCCUGCCACGUGGCAGACUCAUAUGGAGAAAUCAUUGGCAGAGAGGAGGAAGACCAAGUUCAUGAUGUGUCGUUACCUGUGAACUGGGAUUAGCCUAAAAGGUCCGUGGAUGCACACUCAUGCUCACAGAGAUGUUCAAAGACGCAGGCUGCGGCUGGGUCUUGGCCGUUCCACAGUCCGGGGCUCUGCUGUUUGGCAGGCCACUCAUUCAAAGAGAUGGCGGGGUUUGUCACACAGAAUUAUUGCCACCAGCAGGUUGAUCAACGCUGUCUUCCCUGACUCUUCCUCACCAGCAAUCAUUGUGCUAUUCAUUUCGAAAUGGAACAAAGAGUUGUAAAGCAGCACUCCUAAAAAUAAAGGAAAUUUCCAGAGAUGAGAAACAAGGAGGAAGCAGAAACAGGGAGGAAGAGUAAGCAUGUGCCCUGACUGGAGAGAG